AAUUGAAUCAUAGUCAUAGUUAUCUCCCACCUUUUAAAAGCUACCGGGCUAAUUCUUGUCUAUUAACAAAAAACUACAAAGUUAACAAAGUAAGUAAUUAAAUAUGUGCUAAGUCCUAAAUUCUAUGAAUAAAAUUGAUUAUUUAGCCUUAGUAAAAAAUUAAUGAUGAUCUUGAAGUGAAUAUGAGAAAUUAGCCAUUUCUACUCUCAAAUUCAACACGACAGUGUUGACAACAGACAGUGCACCUGACAGUCACCUGAUAUUUUGAUUAUUAUAGUGGAAAAUCUUAAUUACUUAAUUCUUAUCGCUUCUACUUCUGUCAGGCUACUAAUGACAAUGAAUAAAUUCCAAAAUAAAAAAUCUAAACUAAAUAGAAGUAUUGACUUGACGGAAGAAGAAGGAGCUGAAGUAACGAAUGAUGGAAACUGCAAAAAAUUAUUUCCAAAGAGAAUGAUUUUACCCUUGAAAUUGAAGAAAUUGCACACUUUGCAUAAUACUCAAUUUAUCUGUUAAAUUAGCUUGUACAAAACUUUUGAGUAGAGCCUGGAAUUCUGAUUUGACCAAGAUCAUUUUAAAUUUUCUUUGAAAUAUUUGCUGUCAUUUUUUUACCUUCUAAUUCUAAAAAUUUAGCACCAAUCAAUAAUCAUGAAUCCAAGACUUAAUUCUUAUCAUGACUUUGUGAACAGAAUUCAUUAGUCAAUAGUCUUUGAAUAGUAAUAGCCGUAAGUAAUUGUACGCUUAUGUUUCCUCCUGUUCUAUCCUGUAUUUACACUACUUAUUUUGUUUUACAGCCGACCUCUUUGUUGCCAAGACACAUCUGUCAUCAUGGCAACAAAGAUGGUGAUUGUAUAAAAAAAUGUGUGCAAAAAUAUAUCGGCUACCUAAAAUCUAGAGCUCAACCUAUCCUGAAUGCUAAGAAAAGAAUUGAAUAAGUCUGGGCUGUGUGGAGGUGUGUCAGGGAGGGCAUUAAUGAACAUAUUUAGAAACAAUCCGCAACUUAACAUACCCGAGUUCACUCAUAAGAAACUCUGGAGCGAAACGUCAAGUGUGCAUUGUCCUCAAUUGCUAUCAGUUGUAUUUUUCAUAGGCUGAAGGCUAGGAUUAAUAAAUUCUGCUUAUUUUUAAAAUUAUCAUCAUUAAUAAUAUUAAUACUUACUGAUCAACUGCAAUAACUUGUCGGCUCACCACUGAUGAUAAUCAAAAAGUUCUUCUUGAGCUCUGCAUUGGUUUUUAUCUAACUUCCCCUUCACACUUUGUGAAGCAAUUUUAGAUAAUUCUUUGUUUUAACUUGACUAAUAUAAAUAAAUGGCUUCAGCUUGUUUUAGUACCAAGCAAUAAAUCCACCAUUUGGGUAACCCUUAAAAUUUUACACAUUUCACCAAGUUAUUAGUUAUUGGGACUGAAUAACUUUUUAAAACUAUAUUAUAUUUAUAAUAUGGUAGAUGUAAAGGUGUUAGAGUCCCUGACAGUCUGUUUUGUGGGGAUGUCCGUUUGUUAUGAAUGCACAGAGAGCUAGUGUGUCUGAAGGGAUACUAUUAAAGAGAGGGCAAACUUAAAGGAUAGUAGUGUGCAUGUGGACAGUAGUACAGGGGGAGAGCGAGGGAGUUGAAACUCUGAAAAUGGGAUCAUUUGUUUUAGAAGUGUCACCAAUGAUCCCUUUAGUAUAAGUCGUUCUUUGUCAAAGCUUGUUAGCAGAACUUAUAUUAAUAAUGGGAGAACCUGUGUUAGAUUAGCGUGAAGCAGAAUUCAAUAAAUUAUGAACAUUUAUUAAUCUUCUUCAGAAAGGACUUUGUUGAGUUUUAAUAUAUUAUUGUGUACUAUUGGUGAAAGUGUUUGUAAACAUACCACUUAGACAACACCACCAAGACGCCAACACAAUUCUUGACAGAAGCAAUCUAGGGGCAUAUUAUAAAUUAUGGAAGAAAUAAAGUGUUCUUGACAGUGUGGACUUCUCAUGUAAUGUAGUUUUUGUAAUUUAACCAAAAAAAUUGAUUAAAAGAAAGCAAAUUGAAUAUAGGUUACAGCCAGUUCUCUGUAUUUCAUCUGAUUAUUCAGGACAAAUAGUUCACACUAUGGCAGAGAGACCGGAAGAUUUAAAUCUUCCAAAUGCUGUUGUAACAAGAAUAAUUAAAGAUGCAGUAAGUGUUAUUUAUUCAAUUUACUUUAUAUUUAAAUACGAAUAUUGAAAUUGAAAUGCUUUAUUUUCCCUUUAAUUUUCUAAAACCUUUUUUUUUUUUUAAAUCAAAGUACUUAGUUGUUUUACACUAUGAUAUGAGAAAAUAUUUUUUAUUUAAAUAGCUGAUUAUCUGGCGAUUAAUCUGUGCCAUCCUAAUACUCAAAUUUGCAUGGAGUUAAAGUUUUCAUUAGUAAGUGUAAUAUUGUUUGUAAAUUAUUGUUUUUUAACUUCUGGCUGUCUUUCUGAUUUCAUAUUUGGGAUCAAGUUAGUUUCCUUAAGUUAUAUGAAAUUGCAAUCUCACCUAAAUAAACAAACUUUUUUGCUGGUAUCCGUCCGUCACAAUGUGACAAUGGUGUAGAUUUCGCAGAGUGAAAUCUACAAGGACUGGGAUUAUUCUUUUUUAAGGGUAUAAGCUGGUUCCCUACUCAGCAAAUCGCCUCUCUCCAUGCCACUGGAUAACCCAAGGGAACUUCAAAUGUGGAUAACACAGCUUGGCACCAGUGUCAUCGGCAGGAGUUGCCGGAAUGUUUCAUGGUGUCGAUGUUAUCUGCCUACGGGACUCCAUCUCCGGGUUUAAAUUCAGAGUUUCCUUCUCUUAGAUGAGUUACCACCCAAGGCUAACGAGUCCCAUCCGCCCGGGACUGGGCUUUGUGGGGAUUAAUUCAUUAUUUUUUUUAUUUGUCCUUGUUUUACUCCCAGAUUCCUGAUGGUGUCAGUGUUUCCAAGGAGGCCAGAUUGGCCAUCUCUAAAGCAGCCAGUGUAUUUGUCCUUUAUGCCACAUCAUGGUUAGUUUAUCAGUACCGGGUAACUGAAUUUCCUCUGACCCACUUUAUAUAAAUUAUUUUAAGUAAUUAUGCAGACUAGGCUAGACAAAAUCUUUCAUUUUAGUUUGCUGAUAAUAAGUUAGAGAUUGAAAAUAACUACAUUCCAUUUACAGCUCUAAUAACUUUGCGCUCAAAAACAAACGCAAGACUAUCAAUGCCCAGGAUGUCCUCAGUGCCAUGGAAGACAUGGAAUUUGAACAGUUUAUUGAACCAUUACAACAGUGUCAAGAAGGUCCAUCAUUUAUUAUUUAUCGCUUUUCAGAAAUAGAUAAGGUUUUUAAAUAUAGGUUGUGAGAGACAGUUAAUGACAAUUUAAUAUUAAAUUCUUCUUUAAGACGGCAACUUAUUAUAUUCAAUAUAAUGAAUGGUUUUUAUUUUCAGCCUUCCGCCUGGAGAAGUUAGAGAAGAAGAAAGAAAAAACGCCAAAACCACCGCCGCCAACUGUUGUGAGAAUAGAUGAUGAUGACAAAGAUGUUGAGGAAGUCAGUGAUAGCAGUGAUGAUGGUGGUUCAACAAAGAAGAAAGUUAAAGAUAUAAAUGAUGAAUAUGAGGACUUCCAGAUUACUGUUAAUCAUGACAAUGAUGACGAUGACAGCCCGCAGAUUAUUGACGAUGACGAUGGGGAUUAGUGGUGUAUGCAGCACAAGAUUUGUAUAUAACGUUAGGGGCGUUGCCCUGUUCUUCAUCUGAGUAAAAUGCAGCUAUCGGGGAAAUAAUUAAAAUUAAAAAUGAUUUGUUUCAACUCAGGUCUUGGGAGUAUUAAAACAGGAUUUUCCAAUCUUUUCUGAGCCGUUUGCAAAUAUUGGAUCGAUGCUCGGACUUACAAAGGUAGCAAUAUAUUUUAAGUUAAAUAUACUCUAAAAAUCUAAAGCAUAAACUACCACCCAUGUUGGGAACCCCUGUACCGGCGUGAAUUUCCAUACUUUUAUCUAGCUGUCAAUGCAAGUAAAUGUGACUCUCUGAACUACUCUAUAACUAUAAUGGAAUGGUAUUGCAGGAGACAGCCAUAUACUGUAGCAUUACCGGUAUAGGAUUUCCCACAGAAAUAAAUUUUAGAAAAAUAGAAAGUUCAGUAAUUAUCUUGGUUGUUAUUAACAUAAUCUUUACUUGUUAUUAAACUUUUCGACAUUUAAUCCUCAUUUGAGUACAAGCGGAUCCAUUGUAUGAACUAAGGAAUGUAAAGAAUGUAAAGUUGUUUUAUGCUCGAAAUUCAGUGUAAAUUUUGUAUAAAUUUUAGAACAUUGAAAUUUCUGUAAAAAUGUUUUGUCCUCGAGGGGUUGUGUGCAAGAAUGAGUGAUUGGGACUUGGAUUUUUAUUCUGAGAUAUACCCAUUUGGAAUUGUGUUUAGUCUGAUGUACAACAAUAAAGGUCAUUUAAGAAGCUAGCUUUUUAUUUGUGCCUCAAAAACUUUUAAGUGCUCUCACUCGACAGAUAAAAAUCUCUGGUCACCGAUUCAUAAAAUACUAUGUUACGUACCUGCCACACAUUUCUAAUUAUGACAAUGAAGUUGUUGUUUUUUUUGUUUUUUUAAAGUCUUAAUGUACAGAUAUCUAAAAAUUAGCUUAGCUAGCUGUUUCACAGCAAACAUUUACGUAGAUUUCCCAAAUACUUAUUGUAAUUUAAAUUUUUUUAUAGUGUUGAGAUUUCGAGAAACGAAAUAAAUAAAUAUUUUGGCACCUAUUUUUAUUUUUUAAGGAAGUGCAUUUAUUGUUAUUAAUUUAAGAUUAUUUUGACAUUGUAUUUUGUUUCACUUUCAUUUUAUGUUCCAAAUUUGUAAACACAUUAUAAAAGAGUAGUC